GUGACGCAAGCGCACUCUGCAAGAUUCGGGCGCCCCGCGAAGGAAAAUUUUUCGUCCGCACGAAAAAAAAGAGUUUUUAUUUUCCUCCCGGCGCCGGACAUUCCUCCCGGGAGGCAGCGGCGGCAGGAGUAGGAGGACGGAGAGCGGGGCCCGGCCCGGAAUUGACUCGGGAGAGAUUCCGCCGCCUGCGGCCUGGAUGCUCAGCACUCGGGACUGCAGUAAGGAGGAAAGCUGGAUGUGUGAAAUGGUAUCAUGGACCAAUGAACUGUGCAGCUCUGGCUCAAUAAUGUAAAACUCAGCCUAUUAAUGGGAGAAUCACCUGUCCGUUAAAAGUCCAUUUGGCCAUCUUGCUGCCAACAUGGAUGAGCAGCAAGCUCUUAACUCCAUCAUGCAAGAUCUAGCUGUGCUCCACAUGGCUAGCCGACCUCUCCUGCCAUUGAAUGAUGCAGGGAAACCGAAGACCACCAUGUCCAGUAAUCAGAAUGAUAUUCGAGUCAAGUUUGAAUACCGUGGUGAGAAGAGAAUCCUUCAGUUUCCCAGGCCAGUCCUUCUUGAAGAUAUUGCCACUAAAGCCAAGGUUGCCUUUGGUCAGCCGAUGAGCCUGCACUACACCAAUAAUGAGUUAGUGAUCCCUCUGACCACACAGGAUGACCUGGAUAAAGCCAUCGAACUCCUGGAUCGCAGUGUGCAUAUGAAGAGCCUAAAGAUUUUGUUGGUGCUUCAAUCAAACAACCAGGUAACAAACCUCAGCAAUGUGGAGGCAUUACAAACGCUGGAUGAUUUGGACAAUGGCUCAGUCUUUGUAGGUGCGGAGAGGAAAAACAAGCUGUCAUUGAUAGUUUCGCAUACAUCCGAUCGGAGCUCACCGCCACCUGGGUACAUUCCAGAUGGGCAGCAGCAGGUGGCACGAAAUGGAUCCUAUACUAGCAUCAACAGUGAAGGCGAAUUCAUUCCCGAAAGCAUGGACCAAAUGUUGGACCCACUGUCGAUGAGCAGCCCUGAGAAUUCAGCAUCAGGGAGUUGUCCAUCUCUGGACAGUCCCUUAGACAGUGAUAGCUAUCCUAAAUCUUGGAUGCCCAGGGCACAGAGCUAUCCAGAUAAUCAUCAAGAUUAUUCAGAUUAUGAUAUUCCAACGUUUGAGAAAAUUGGGAAAGGUGGGACAUAUCCACGAAGGUAUCACAUCUCCUACCAUCACCAUGACUACAGUGACGGUCGUAAAACAUUCCCCAGGGCAAGAAGAACUCAUGGAAACACUUUCCGCUCACCCGUCAACUUCAGUCCCACUGAGCAUUCCCUGAGCACCAGCAGCGGGAGCAGUAUUUUCACCCCGGAGUAUGAGGACAGCAGGAUGAGAAGAAGGGGAAGUGACAUCGACAAUCCAACACUGUCCGUCAUGGACAUCAGCCCCCCCAGCCGUUCUCCAAGGGCGCCGACAAAUUGGAGACUGGGCAAGCUGCUGGGCCAAGGGGCAUUUGGCAGGGUCUAUUUGUGUUAUGAUGCUGACACAGCAAGAGAACUGGCAGUGAAACAAGUUCAGUUCGACCCAGACAGUCCUGAGACCAGCAAGGAGGUGAAUGCUCUUGAGUGUGAGAUCCAGUUAUUAAAGAAUCUGCACCAUGAAAGGAUUGUCCAGUAUUAUGGCUGUUUGAGAGACCCUCAAGAGAGAACUCUUUCUAUCUUUAUGGAGUAUAUGCCAGGGGGUUCAAUAAAAGACCAGCUGAAGGCCUAUGGUGCUCUUACAGAGAACGUGACUCGCAGGUACACUCGUCAGAUCCUGGAAGGUGUUUCUUACCUGCACAGUAACAUGAUUGUGCACAGAGAUAUAAAAGGUGAGUGCUGGCAGAAAGUUAUGAACUGAAAUAAUGUGUGCGGUCAGCUGAGCCUAUGUACUGCAAGAGGAAAGGAAACUUGCAGCUCCCUGGGCUGUAUACUGUGAUGCAGAAACAAACCUUAAUCUCUCUGUAAUAACAAUGCUCAGUUGUUCAGAGGAACUUCAUUAGAAUAGUGUCCUAAAGAUAAAAGCAAAAUAUUACAAAGACUGAAAAUCUGAGAGAAAAACCAAUUAUUGCUGGAAACCACUCGGAAGGUCAGCAGCAUCUAUGUAAAGCCAUGAUCAAUCUGAAGCAUUAACUUUGUUUCUCCCAAUAAAUUCU